AUGGGUACGAGGGUGGUACUGGAUGCUACAUCCACCCAAAGCUCUACUGCCACAAAUAUAAGGCGCUUUAUAAGAGAGACAGAGCUAAGUGACCACAUUGACAACAGAAGUACUUCUACCGCCCAAACCUCAACCCAAGAUGAGGGUUCUAUUGUUAACCCUACGGCAGAGUAUAAUGGUGGAUCCAUAAUGCGAAAAGCCAGUCAGAGGUUAAACUCCAUCAGCGAAGAGCCGCUGAAAAAUGAAGUUGCAACAUUAGAUCAGCGCGUAGACGAGAGUGAAGAUGAAGUUGCCGCCGACAUGGCAAAACCAAGCCAACCCAGUCUACAUUUACGAAAACAUAGCUAUCAGGACAAGUUGAAAUAUUUGCCUAAUAGAAACUUCGAGGUAGAAGUAAGUGGUCUCGAUCUGGCAAACACUUAUUCUGUGACCAAUUCAAUUCCAAAUACUUUCAAAUAUAAGUCGCAUCCUAAUGCUAAAACAAAAGCAUCUUUAGGGGCUGAGGUGAUAAGAAAAUUUGAUGAGAAAACUUCAACAGUCCUCGAAGAUGAAGAUGAAGAUGUCAAUCGUGGUGCAUCUCAUCUUUCUUCAGAUCGUUCACAUGAGCUGCAAGGUCGACUUGAGCAAUUUAAUACGACUCCAGACUGGAUGCCACCAGAAUUGAAUGAAAAGUGGAUGCCAUCUAAUAGAGAGGAAGGUGUUGAGCAUGAGAUCCUUGGCGCCGAUUCCGAAUUCGGCUCUUCAGUCAGAGUUUUUAAAUCAAAAAGUAGUAACCAAGAUAACUCUUCAAAUUUCAAGAUCCCUUCAACCAAUACAAUAGUGCAUAACUCAAACACUGGUGUUCGUACUCCUAUGUGGAAGAAAGCUAAAAAUGAGUUUCAGUCUAAUAAAAGACCUCAAUUCAAUCUUCAAAACAUAUUUUUGGAAAAUAAUGAACGAGAAGAUGACGAAGCUCCUCAAAAUAAAGACGCUUCUGAAAAUCAUUCACUAUCUUCUACCCUAUCGACUCCUUUUGGUACGGUUUCACAUACUCAAGGAAUUCAGAACCAAUUAACACAAUUGUCGCAUUUUCAGAGGGAAAUGGAUCAGGAAAAGCUUGCAGGGGCUUCUGGUGAGCCUGAAUCUCCAUUAAAACUAUUUGGUGAUAAGUACAAUACUUUUACGAAGGAAAAAUUGAAUGAUCUCCUAUUCAAAAUGAACAACAAAUCCUCCAACAUCAAAGAAUCUGAACAAAAGACUGACGAAAACAAAAGGAAUAUCGAGGUUCCCAAACCUCCUGAAGUGAAGCUAAAAAUAAAAAACUUUACACAAUCAGGAUCUUACACCGAACAACAGUUUUUGCAGAACGCAAAUAAUAUAUUCAAGAAUAUCCAGAAGAGGGGAUAUAUAAAUAAAGCUGAAAACGAAUACGAAAACAGAGCCAAGACACUCUCAACUGCUACAUCUACCCCAAUAGCCGAGAAGCAGUACAGGGAGCCGCAUAAUGAGUAUUUUGAAAACCAAUACUCAUUUUCAAGCGACUACUUAGAACGGGAUUCUUCAACGUCACAAGCAAGAAAACAACAUGAAAUGCUGCAAACUGAUUCCAACGGAUACACCUUUGAGAAUUCUUCCAAAACAAAUAGUAUAGUGCUGGCACAAGAUGGUCCCAGUGAACCCUUAAAUGAUCAAUUACGUGAUCACGAGAGUUCCUAUACGUAUGACGAAUUUUCCGAUGAAGAUAAUACUCUGGGUAAGGUUAAUUCACAUUUUGACCUGAGUAUUCCAGAGCAAAAUAAAGAUGGGCACCAAUACCAAUCUACCAAUAAUGACUAUGAUCGGAUUAACUCUCGCCUUGACGAGCUUGAAAAGCUAAUGAAAGACGUAAAUGAGAAGUUAAGUACUUUGGGCCAACAUGAGGCAAAACAUGGAAACCGUAAAGCCGAUGUAUCAAUAGAGCAAAAUGAACCUCAUGAAGUUUCUAUUGACCAGGCAGACUUAACCCGUGAAGAUUAUAGUGAAAUUCAGGACUUUAUUAGAUGGAAGAAAGCGUCUCAAUUAAAGCUAUUAUCAGAGCGCCAAACUUCGCAGCAAAAUGCUAUGAGAGAGUCAAAUAGAGGUAGUAAAACCGCUCGUGGCCAUGUGAAACCUGAUCUGCAUUUGCCUACAGAAUACGAAAAUAUGGUUCUAGAUACAAAGAAUCAACGCUGGAUUUUUAAUGACAAAGAAAAUUCUCCUGGUGGAAGUUUAGAUUCCAUCGAUGAUUUAAUAGUGGAUUCAAAUGAACAGUCAUUUUCUUUGCUGCCGAGCGAAAAGAAAAGAGAGCUGACUUCAUAUGAUGCGAUGAGUAACGAGCAACGAAAUAGAAACAGCAACAAAGCGGAAGUCUCCUUUCAGAUCCCCACUCAAGCAGAUAAUUCAAGAAAUCGAGGUUAUAUCAAUGGUAACGUAACCCAAAUUUCGCAACUAAAUGAUGUUACAUUUUCUCAAACACAAAGAAAAUUGGUCUCAGUCAUAACUGAUGUUUUAUCGGAGAAAACAAAUGAAGGUAUUGAUUGGAAGCAAAUCCAUAAGGUCUCAUUGUCGAAUUGCUCUAUAGACAGUGUGAACGAUUUAGAUAAAUUGUUGCCUAAUCUCUCUGAUGUUGACCUUUCUGCGAACCACAUCAAAUACUUGGAUGGGCUACCACUCGCUGUUAUGAACCUUAAUUUGUCGAAUAAUUGCGUUGAGAACAUUACAUCUUUUGCGAAGUAUCGUGACUUACAGGUGUUAGACGUAUCCCUGAACUCGUUGACCAACUUGUCUGGACUUGACCGAAACAUACACUUGAGUGAACUAAACUUGUCUACUAAUAGUUUAACGUCGAUAAAUGGGAUUAAAAACUUACAUAACCUCGUUAGGCUCAAUGUUUCAGGAAAUGACUUAAUGGGAGAACUUGACUUUAAGCAAUUCAAUUUGAUUAAAUUGGAAGAGUUGAAUUUAUCUGAAAAUAGUCUUCAGGAGGUUCGGGGUCUAGAGUACUUGACAAAUUUAAGAAUAUUAAAUUUAAACGAGAAUCACUUGACUAACUUAUCAUGCAAGAUGAAGCAUCAACAUCUCAAGAAAAUUCUUUUGAAGUUCAAUAAUUUAAAGAAACUAAAUUUAGAAUCUUAUCCUUACUUAAGAGUUUUGAGGAUCGACGGAAAUUCAUUGAACGUGGUGACUGAUAUUAAGAAGUUAAAAAAUUUAGAUGAAGUGUCCUGUAAGUCACAGCUAAGCUUUCAAGUUAUAGGAAAUGUUUUUGAAGGUGCUCGUGACAUUCAAACGUUAGAUCUAUCAGGUAAUUACCAAAUUAACUUUCCACAAUAUCUAGAUGAUUUGGUUAAAGAUAUACAAAUGAAACCUUUUCUCAAUUUGACGCAUCUUUCUUUAGCUGCUAUGAGUUUAAGUCUGAUUCCUGAAUCAUUUGCAAACAUUUUUCCAAAUGUAAGGGAUUUAAAUUUGAAUUUUAAUGCAUUGCGUAAUAUUAAUGGUCUAUCGAAGUUGAAAAACAUUAAGAAGUUGCAUUUAGUGAGUAAUAAUAUUUCAAAGACAGAAAUUAUCGUUACAGGCCUCCUUGGCUCUAGGCAAUCGUUAAAAGUGUUAGAUGUAAGGCUAAAUCCUUGCACCAUUGAACUUUAUCCAUACGUCUUCAAUCCACAAGAGUUGGAUUUGACAAAUAUACAAAAUACUGAUGCCAGUCCAAUACAUUUGGAGUCAUUGGAUGAUAUUGAAAGUUUCGGAAUUCAUUAUCAAUCACUCAGUAAAAGCUCGGACAACUGGAUUAGUAGAGAUGCACAAUUUUUUGCAGAUUUGGCAAAGCAACGAAGCAGUAAACGAAUUAGAAAGAGACUCGACUAUGAAACGUUGAUAGUAAAUUUCUUUAUCAGUUUAAAGAGGUUUGAUGGAGGGAUUAUCACGAAAGAGAAGAGAGUGGCCCUAAAAGCCCGACUUAAUCUGAAAGAAAUGCACUCUUAUAAUUAA